UCUCACCCCCUACCAACCCCCAUAGCCAGUUUUAAAGAAAAAGCUUAAUUGACUCUUACUGCCACCAACCCACUUCACCUCUUUCUCUCUUUCUUAUUGUUGUUGUUGUUGUUGUUGUUGUGUUCAAAUCCACUCAACCGGUUUCUUGUGUGCAGAGCCCACAGUUUAGUUUCCAUUCCGAAAGCUGAAAAAGCUCUUCCUUUUCUUAUUUUCUUUCACAAACCAAAACAAGAAAUGGGUGGUCAAGGAAAGGUUUAUACUUUGGCUGAUGUCUCUGAACACAACAGUCCUAAAGACUGCUGGCUUGUUAUUGAGGGAAAGGUAUAUGAUGUGACAAAAUUCUUGGAAGACCAUCCUGGUGGUGAUGAGGUUUUAUUGUCCGCCACAGGGAAGGAUGCAACCGAUGAUUUUGAGGAUGUUGGACACAGUAGCAGUGCAAGAGCAAUGAUGGAUGAAUUCUAUGUCGGCGAGAUUGAUACAUCAACUAUUCCUACGAAGAAGGCAUAUACUCCUCCUAAGCAGCCUCACUACAACCAAGACAAGACACCUGAGUUCAUUAUCAAGCUCCUCCAAUUCGUAGUUCCACUGCUAAUCUUAGGUUUGGCUGUUGGUAUCCGCUUCUACACCAAAUCAGCUGAAGCAUAAGCGCUGAAACAAGAACAGGGAAUCGAACUGAUGAUAAAAAUAAGUUCGAAUUAGUUAUCUUUAUAUCCUUGGGGAUCUUAGGACAUUUGAGUUUGUGAUGAACAUGUGUUUCUUCUUCCUGCCAGUCCCUUUUCCUUGUAAGAUUUCACGAUGUCAACUUUUUUCCCCUCUUAAAUGCCAUUGUUAAAAACUGCA